AUGGGUUUAUGUUUCGAUUCGGACACCAAUCAAUAUGAAUAUUGUUCAUCUCAUCUAACAACCUAUAUUGCUGUAGGAGUUAUUGUACCAUUAGCUAUUCUAUUGAUCAUCAUGCUUGCAUAUAUUUAUCUUCGUUGUAGACAAAGACAAUUAAGACGACAACAUCAACAAACUUAUAUGGCAACAAUUAUUCCAAUUUAUAAUACUGAUCAACAAAGUCAAGCAUCAUCAUCAUUUAAUUAUCCUUACCCACCACAUUAUACAUCUAGGUCAGCAAAUGGUUUUGAUAAACCACCAUCCUAUGAACAAACUGUUCAAGAAGUAUCAACAACUAAUAAUGAUUUAGCAUUAAAUCCAAUUACAACCGCAGCAGCAGUGACAACGUCGGAAGAACCAACAGAAUCGAUAAGAAUUGCAUUUUAA